UCCUCCACGUUUUCACCACCAUUCUUGAUCGUCCCUCCAAGAAUCCAAUGACACACUCCUUUUUCUAUAAAACGGUUACUCCCCAUUUCUUUACUUGUGUCUUGAGCAACUAAAAAUGGCGCGAAUUUCCGGACACUUCCCGGCAUUUUCCGCUACCACCUUCCUCUUCCUUCUCCUCGUCGUAACUCAUCUCCGGCAGUGCUCUGGUGGUGGCCAUGACUACCACGACGCCCUCCGUAAAAGCAUUCUCUUCUUCGAAGGCCAACGCUCGGGCAAGCUCCCUCCUGACCAACGAGUCAGGUGGCGCAGAGACUCAGCAUUGCACGACGGAGCCACCGCCGGAGUGGAUUUAAGAGGAGGAUACUAUGAUGCUGGUGACAACGUAAAAUUUGGGUUCCCAAUGGCAUUCACAAUCACAAUGUUGUCAUGGAGCAUUAUAGACUUUGGUCGGAACAUGGGUGGGGAGUUGGGAAAUGCUAUAAAGGCAGUGAAAUGGGGUACAAAUUAUUUAUUAAAGGCCACAGCUAAGGAUGGCCUUGUGUACGUACAAGUAGGUGAUCCAUUGUCGGAUCAUAACUGCUGGGAAAGGCCCGAAGAUAUGGACACGUCGAGGAUGGCGUACAAGAUAGAUGCCAACCACCCCGGCUCAGACGUGGCGGGGGAGACCGCCGCUGCCUUGGCCGCGGCCUCGAUUGUGUUCCGGUCACGUGACCCGGCCUACUCUAGGCUCCUUCUUAAUCGUGCCGUUAAAGUGUUCGAGUUUGCUGACAGGCACCGGGGUGCGUACAGUUCCAGCCUGCACUAUGCUGUCUGCCCUUUUUACUGUGAUGUCAAUGGUUACCAGACUGACAGCAUCGUCUAUCAUGGCUGCUCCCAUGAAGUCUUCCAUACUGGACACCUGAUCUUUCAGAUUUUCUUCAUGGUUGUGCUACUCGUCAAGGUUGCUCAAAUCAUAUAUGUGCUCCUCUAUCUUUCCCUUUUUAGAUGA